AGGAAUCAAAACAAGAGAUCAUUCUGAUAAAUUUAUAUAAUGUAGUAGAAGAUUUCAGAGAAACAAGAGAAUAAGGAAAAUAGCUCAAGUAUAUUGUAAAAUACCUAACAUGCAUGGCAAGAUUUAACUACAAGAUUCAAUGUCAAAUGAGAACGGUAGCAUAUCAUGUAUCUGCUAUACAUGUUGAGACAUGUAGGAUGAGACAGAAAAGAAAUCAAAACAAGAGAUUAUACUGAUAAAUUUAUAUAAUGCAAUAGAAAUAUUCAGAAAAAUAAGAGAAAAAGAAAAAUCACUCAAGUAUACUGUAAAAUACCUAAUAUGCAAAGCAAGAUUUGACUACAAGAAGAUUCAAAUUCAAAUGAGAACGGUAGCAUAUCAUGUAUCUGCUAUACAUUAAAGAAGUCCUACAACACAAGUUUACUCUUUAAAAUACAUAAAACCCCCCUGAUUUGUUUACUUUCCUGAUUACGUAGCAGACUUAUGUGAUGAGUUCUACAGACAUAAAACGUGCAAGACUAGAUAUGUCAACUCACACAAAAAACUUUCCUCUCAAGUGUAUAAUAUGUGAGCAAAUCUGUUCAACUCUAUUUACCAUGAAGGGUCAUAUGUUAUAUCACACUGGAGAGCGUCCCUUUAAAUGUUUGACAUGUGAAAGAACAUUUGUCCGACUACACCAGGUAAAGAGUCAUUUGUUGAUACACCAUGGAAAGUGUUCUUAUAAGUGUACUGCAUGUGGGAAAUCCUUUACAUCUAAAUGCCAAAUGAUUACACAUUCAUUUCUCCAUACAGGAGAGAGACCUUAUAAGUGCACUAUAUGUGGAAAAUUCUUUACUUCUAGCAGCAAUAUAAGGAAUCACAUUAAAAUGGUUCAUACAGGGAUGAAACCUUAUAAGUGUUGUAUAUGUGGAAAGUCCUUUGCAUCUUCGAGCAAUAAGAAGAUACACUCAUUUCUUCAUACGGGAGAGAGACCUUAUAAGUGCACUACAUGUGGUAAAUCCUUUGCAUCAAAAGGCAACUUAAAGAUACAUACAAUGGUUCAUACAGGUGAGAGACCUUAUAAGUGCACUACAUGUGAAAGAUCUUUUGUGUCUAACAGCGUUAUGAGGCAACAUUCAUUGGUUCAUACUAAAGAGAAACCUUACAAGUGUAUUACAUGUGGAAAAUCCUUUGCAUUAAAACGCUACUUGAAGAAACAUGCAUUGGUUCAUACAGGAGAGAGACCUUACAAGUGCUCUACAUGUGGAAAAUCCUUUGCAUCAAAAGGAUCUAUGAAGACACAUGCAUUGGUUCAUACAGGAGAGAGACCUUAUACUUGCUCUACAUGUGGAAAAUCCUUUACAGCGAAACGUGUGAUGAAGAGACAUUUAUUGGUUCAUACAGGAGAGAGGCCCUAUAAUUGCACUACAUGCGGAAAAUUCUUUACAUCAAAAGACAACUUAAAGAGACAUUCAUUAGUUCAUACAGGAGAAAGACCUUACAAGUGCUUUACAUGUGGGAAAUUCUUUGCAGCAGAAGGUUACUUGAAGACACAUGCAAUGGUUCAUAUAGGUGAGAGACCUUACAAGUGCACUACAUGUGAAAAAUUCUUCGUGUCCAAGAGCAAAAUGAAGAGACAUUCAUUGGUUCACACAUAAAAGAUACCUUACAAGUGCACUACAAGUGGAAAAAAUCCUUGAGUCUAAGACCGUUAUGAAGACACAUAUUGCAAAGAUUCAUACAGGGGAGCGACCUCAUAAGAGCACUUCAUUUGGAAAAUCUUUUGAAAACAAAUAUGAAAUAAGGAUAAAUUUAUUAAUUAAUAACGGAGUUACACCCUCAACAUUUAAGUGUAUUAUAUGUUGAAAGUUGUCUGCAUUUAUAAGCCGUUUGAAGAAUCAUAUAAAAUUAAAUGACACUAUACAUUCAUUCAAUUUACAGUAAUUUAUUUAAAUAAACUUAAAACUAAACUUGAACAGAAUAAAGGUUUAUGAAGGGGGAAAAUGCUGAAAUAGUGUUUUAAAAUAAAUGUUUUAAUGAACAUAAAAUGUUUAGAACAAACUUUACAGUUUAUUAGCAUAAGCUUAACUUCUUUAAGGUCACAGA